AUGGGGGGGCACAUCUCUAAAAGGCAAGUGGAACGCAGUGACUACAAACCAAGUAAGGAGGCCAAAAGUACCAACAAACUUACAGUAAAAAUGGCACGUGUAGAACCAUGGUUUGGGAGUAAAUCCAAUAAGGCUAUCUCCAUCCUCCUUUCAAGAUCCUCUGAUUUUACCAAAACUGAAGGGGUUCAGAACAAGUGUCCCCAAAAUGUGCUGCUGUGGCAUGUGGACUAUUUUGAGAUGAAGGCGACCAAGACCCAGAAGUUUCUAGAAAAACUUUUACCUCAGCCUGCCUACAAGACUUUAGAUAGAGGUCCUGGUCCAGAAAGAGAACUGUCACCAGAGACAACUACCAAAAAUAUGGACCAGGUGUGGAUACAGAUGGGCCAAUCUCAAAGCACUCCUCUUUCUCUCCUCGUUGCUAACUUCAGGGAUGUUAGAACCAGAGGACAGAAUUUGAGUUUAGACAUCCGGCGGGGAAAAUUAAUAGCCCUCUGCCGCUCCGAAUGGCCAACCUUCAGCGUUGGAUGGCCAACCGAAGGAACUUUCUGCCUCCCUAUAAUUGCUAAGGUGAAAUCAAAGAUUUUUCUACCGGGUCGCGAGGGACACCCGGAUCAGAUUCCCUACAUUCUUGUAUGGCGGAAUUUAGUGGAAAAUCCACCCCCUUGGUUGGCCCCCUUCCUAUCCUCGGGAACGUGUAAGGUCCUUGCCAUGUGGCCUGCAGAUCCCCCAAAAUCAAGGACGCCAGCCACGCCCUUGUAUCCCAUAUUGCCCAAUAGUCAGGACCUACUAUCCCUAGACCCUCCACCCUAUCAUCCCCCUCCCCUCGUACCCCAGGCCCUGCCCACAGCAGCUGCCCCGCCAGUCGCCCCGCUAGUUGCCCCCCCAGGGGAACCGGGAGGACGGGAAGCGGCAGCUGUGCCGGAACCAGGAAGACGGGAGGCAGCAGCCGCGCCGGGCCCCAUUGAAAAUGAAACCAACCGCGAGGGGCCAGCCGGCCGAACCCAUGGGCUCACCCAGCGUGAGCCAAACCCUCGCCUCCCCGACUCCACUGUGGCCCUACCCCUGCGGGAAAUAGGAUCCCCCGAUGAAACAGGCAACCCCCGACUCCAGUAUUGGCCCUUUUCCACCAGUGACCUUUACAACUGGAAAACACAGAAUGCUCGAUUCUCGGAUAACCCUAAAGACCUAAUAGCUCUUUUAGACAGUGUCAUGUUCACCCACCAGCCCACCUGGGACAACUGUCAGCAGCUCCUCCGCAUCCUGUUCACUACAGAGGAGCGAGAGAGGAUCCAAUUAGAAGCAAGAAAGCUGGCUCCCGGAGACGACGGUCGGCCGACAUCUAACCCUGACCUCAUUAAUGCGGCUUUCCCCCUAACCAGACCUCCACAGGGCGAAUGGGACUACAACACGGCAGAAGGUAGGGGAAGGCUACUCAUUUAUCGCCAGACUCUGAUGGCGGGUCUCCGGGCUGCAGCUCGCAAGCCCACCAAUUUGGCUAAGGUAUAUUCGGUCGUACAGGGAAAGGCAGAGAGUCCAGCUGCUUACUUAGAGAGAUUAAUGGAAGCCUUUAGGCAGUUUACCCCCAUGGAUCGAGAAGUCCCUGACAACCAGGCUGCUGUCAUUAUGUCCUUUGUAAAUCAAGCAGCUCCUGACAUUAAGAAAAAACUCCAAAGGCUAGAGGAUUUAGAAGGUAAACAGAUCCAGGAUCUGCUCCGUAUAGCACAACGGGUCUACAACAACAGGGACGCCCCAGAAGAGAGACAGAUCAAGGCCACAGAGAAAAUGACUAAAGUCCUGGCCGCUAUAGUCCGGAAAGAACAGCCACCCCCAAGGCACUCAAACAACACGCCCUCCCAGGCAGCACUUAAAGAUCAAUGCGCCUAUUGUAAAGAGAAAGGCCAUUGGAUACGAGAAUGCCCCAAGAAGAAACAACCCCGCCCCAGCCAAGGACAAUGGCAGCCUAAAAUAGCCCCCAUACUGUUUACCCAAGAAACAGAAUAGGGAGGACGGGGUUCGGAUCCCCUCCCCGAACCUAGGGUAACGUUGCAAGUGGAGGGGACCCCGGUCCAGUUCCUAGUUGAUACCGGGGCACAGCACUCAGUUCUGGUCAAGCCCCAUGGAAAAGUAUCUGAAAAAUCAUCCUGGGUACAAGGGGCCACUGGAAUAAAGAAGUACCCCUGGACAACUCAGAGGACUGUGGACUUAGGAACUGGGAAGGCAACCCACUCCUUCCUGGUCAUUCCCGACAGCCCCUGCCCCCUGUUGGGGAGGGAUUUGCUUACCAAAAUGGGGGCCCAAAUUCAUUUCCCUGGGAGGCCCACAGUGACUGACUUCCACAACCAACCCAUAUCUGUACUCACUGUGAGACUAGAAAAUGAAUACAGGCUCCAUCAGGAACCCACUCCUCUGGAUCAGGGCAUCAAGCCCUGGCUUCAACGCUUCCCAGACGCGUGGGCAGAAACGGGUGGUAUGGGGUUAGCAAAACAUCGCCCAGCCCUAUUUAUAGAGGUCAAGCCCAGGACGGACCCCAUCCGCGUGCGCCAAUACCCUAUGCCCAUGGAAGCCAAAAAUGGCAUCACACCGCACAUCCGCCGCCUCCUUGACUUCGGAGUCCUACGCACCUGCCACUCAGCAUGGAAUACCCCCCUGCUGCCCGUGCACAAACCCAACAGCGGGGAAUACAGACCAGUGCAGGACCUGAGAGAAGUCAAUGAGCGGGUGAUGGACAUACAUCCAACAGUUCCUAACCCCUAUACUCUCCUGAGCGCCCUCAGCCCAGAAAAACAAUGGUAUACUGUUCUGGAUCUAAAAGAUGCUUUUUUCAGCCUACCACUAGCGCCUAAAAGUCAGGAGCUAUUUGCAUUCGCGUGGACAGAUCCAGACAGGGGCAUAAAUGGCCAGCUCACUUGGACCAGACUGCCACAAGGAUUCAAGAACUCUCCGACCCUGUUCGACAAGGCUCUACACGAAGAUUUAAGUGAGUACAGACAACAACACCCUAAUAUAACUCUCCUACAAUAUGUUGAUGAUCUCUUAAUAGCUGCUGAGACACCUGAAGCCUGCAUCCAGGGAACCGAAGGUCUCCUGCGAACUCUGGGAACCUUAGGCUACCGCGCCUCAGCAAAGAAGGCUCAGAUCUGCAAGUCAGAAGUAACUUACCUGGGUUACUUGCUGAGAGGGGGGCAACGCUGGCUAACGGAUGCCCGGAAGGAGACUGUCCUUCGUAUUCCCAGACCGCAGACACAACGACAGGUGAGGGAAUUCCUAGGGUCGGCUGGGUUCUGCAGACUAUGGAUACCAGGGUUUGCUAAAUUAGCAAAACCUUUAUACCAGGCAACAAAAGAUCAACAGCCCUUUAGUUGGACGGAAGAAGCCAAACAGGCCUUCCAACAAAUUAAAACUGCUCUGCUAUCAGCACCUGCCCUGGGACUCCCCGAUGUCUCCAAACCCUUCCACCUAUAUGUAGAUGAAAACCGGGGCAUAGCCAAGGCGGUUCUAACCCAGCAUUUGGGCCCUUGGCGCAGGCCAGUAGCCUAUCUGUCUAAAAAGCUAAUCCAGUGGCCGCCGGAUGGCCACCCUGUCUCGGGAUGA